CCUCUCCUCCUCUCCUCCUCUCCCUUUCUCUCCUCCCCUUCUCCGCACAACCACCCAAACCACCCACGCAGCACCAUGGCACGCGGCAGAAAAAUCCUCAACGGCGACUCCGCCGACAAGCCGAUCACAUCCACAGAGCCCUCCGAGACCAAGCCGAGCCCGCCACGCGCGUCCCUCCCCGCCCUCGCCAUCUCCGCCGCAGCCCAGGACGUCGACCGCGACGAGGUCAAAGUCAACAGUGCGAACCUCUCCGAGCUCAAGAAUGCCUGCGACGAUGCCCUCAAGCGCUUCCUCUCCCGCCCCGACCUCUUCAAGCAGAUCCACCUCCACACCGACGUCCGCCUCGCCCUCGGCUGGGCCGGCGUCUUCGUCGCCGCCGGCACCGCCUUCUACGGCUGGAAAGUCGACUUUGAGCAGUCCAAGCCCGUCAUGUGGGUCGGCCUCGUCCUCUACGUCCUGCUGACGCUCCUCCAAACGCUCUACGCCUAUUUCAUCGAGGGCGACAUCGUCUUCGUCGGCAAGCGUAAAACAUUCGAUAAGCGCAUCGUCACAGAGCGGAUAACCCUCUCCGCGCGCACGCUCCCCUCCACCCCCGAAAAGGCGCCGCACUACUCCCUCUCCGUCGCCUACCUCCGCUCCUCGGGCGCCGGCAAGUCGCUGCUCGCCAAGGGCCACGCGGACGCCGCGCGCGGAUACGACGCCUUCUUCGACGCCGCGGGCGUGCUCGACCAGGUCCGCUUCGAGGCCUGGCUCAGCGAGCUCGUCGGCCGCGUCAUGGAGGCCGGCGCGGAGUGAUCGCGUCGCGGGGUGACCGCGGGGAGGGGUGGCGUGCGUGCGUGGCUUUGUGUGUCGCUUUGUGUGUCGCUUUUUUUUGGAUAUUGCGAGAUGGGGAGGGUGCGUUGUCGUUGUCGUUGGUGAGCUUUUUGGUUAGUCGCGUUGAGCGCAGAGGGAGCAGUCGGUGCGUCCCGCCCUCGUCCUCGUCCUCGUCCCCGUCCAUGACGCGCCCUCCUGAUGCGCUCUUGCCCCCCUCGGCGUCUCGGCGUCUCAGUGUCCAAAGUCCGUCGCAGUCCCGCCCCCGUCGCAGUCCCGCCCCCGUCGCAGUCCCGCCCCCGUCGCAGUCCCGCCCCCGUUCCUGUCCCUAUCCCUAUCCCUAUCCCUAUCGCUCUCUACCCCUCCCCGUUCUAUCCGUCCCGCCUGUCGAUUUGUGUCCUCCCCCGUGCACGCCGCGGAUCGGGGCGGUCCCCGCCGCCCGCCCGCCGCCUGCGCACCGUGUAGCUGUAAGUACAUUACAUACGUAUACCACUAGGCUUGUCGAAAUUUUCCAUACUUCUCUUUUCUUCUC